AUGUGUGCACUAGAUGGCAGCAAAACACCGCUAAAGACGAAACUCCCCGUCAUCACAACACGACAAAGUACGUAGAGAGGCCUGCUUCGUCCGUACGCUGUUUAGCAAUCGGCGAGAGCAAAAAGCAGUGUCGUGGGACGAAGUAUUCCAGAAUCUAAAAGAUGUCCGUAACUAUUGAGAAAACGGAUGAGCAAGUUAGAGUAACUUUUGAUACCUUUAAAACCAACAGUUCCCUGCCUCUGAUUUUCCAGAUAUGUCAGUACUGUUGUUGUAACCCUUUCUGUGAUGUUUCAGAGAGCUUUAGGAAAGAAAUCAGCGGCAGUUUUGCUGUGAUUGGGGUGAUCCAGAUUUUUACUGGGAUGGUUAAUAUUAGCUUUGGUCUGAUAGUGAGCAGUUACACCUGGGUGGAACCAUUCUUGAUUUGGACCGGAAUUGCGUUUAUAUUAAUAGGAGGUUUCUGUCUCUUGGCUAGUAAAUUCUGCAAUCCAUGCACAGCUUUUUUAUCAGUAUUCUUGAACGUUAUAAGCACAGUAUGUGCUAUCACAGCAAUUGUUUAUGCAGCUAUUAAUGUAAGCUACAGGCAAUGGAGUCAAUGUUUUGUGGACCUAAAAAAUGAAUAUUGCCCUUGCUAUAACGAUAAGGAAUGGAUUAUUUAUGAAGAUAUACAAAAAGCCUGUGUAGAUAUUAUGAAAAAAAAUAAAAUAGAUAUAUUUGCAUUGGAAAUAUUGAUCUUGGUUUUUGAUGUUCUUCAAGCCUGUGUUGCUAUUGCUGCAGUUAUUAUUGGAUGCAAAACUCUAUCAAAAUGCAGAAACCACAAAAUGGCCAUUGUAAAUACUGAAGAAUGUGAGAUGAUAACACCUCUUCUUGAAGACACAGACUGAUGAUUUAUUUGUUAUCAGGGAUUAUGGAGAAUACUCAAAAUAGAUUAUAUUGUUUAAAAAUAAGAAAUGCUGUAUGUUAUUGACUGUAAACUUCUAAACUUUGAACAAAACUUUUUGUAUCGAUUUACCUAAAAAGUUUAAAAGGCUACAAUGAACAGGCCAAUAUGCUAAGCUUAAGAAAAAAAUAAAUAAUUUAUUUAGUUACUCCAUUUUAAACAGCGUGAGAAGAGAAUAUUAAAAAUAUUGUUUAGUUCAACCUGCUGAAAGCUACAAAAAGAACAGCUAAAGUAAUCUUCACAUCUGAUAUCUAUACAUAGCUCUUCAUGUUUCAGAGUUGAUCACUAAGCUAUAAAAGGUACAAACUAAAGCUACAGAUUAAAUUAAUUUAGGCUAAUAUACAUGUACUGAAUUUAGAUGAUAUAAAUUCAUGCAUUAAUAAAGUUCUUGUGUUAAUUCGCAAUAUGAGCUCCCUAAAGCUUAAAAAUAGCCAGAGAUUUUAAUGUUAUAUUACACCCUGAUUUUAACUAAGUCAUCAGCAGCUACACGUACAGUAUCUGAAACCGUUGUGGUAAUCUCAUGUUUUAGCAAAGAUCACAACAUCCUGUACCCAUAGAAAUUUGUUUACUCAUAUUCAAGACAGUUUUCCUUGUUUCUGUAUACAUCAUAGUAAACAAUUGGCUACUUUUUUAAUGAUAACAACUUAGUGUCCUCUCUCAAAUCUGGCCAAAUAUGAUGCUAUUGUUAUGCUUGGCCUUCUCUAUUUCAAUAAUAUCAUUUAGAAAUCUCAUGCAUUGUUGUUUCUGCCAUCAACACAGUGUCCUCAGCAUACUGCAUCUUGCUGUUAAAACUUAUUCCUCCAAUCUUUAGGUUUAUCUACUAUCAGUAUUAAUGAUGAUGUUUUCAGUAAAUUAAAUAAACAUGGGGAAGAAAACAUA